AUGGGAAACCAAUCUACCGAGGAGACUGUAUCGCAGUCGCAGGACCCGGAGGGGUUCCUGGGGAAUAAGGGACAUGUUUUUGAAGAUUCGGAUACCGCAGAAUACUGGGCUAGCAUUUAUGAAAAGGCCCAGUAUGAGGGACGACAUCGCUUUGAUCCGAACUUUACAUGGACCCCCGAGGAGGAAAAGAAGCUUGUGCGCAAGGUUGACUGGAGAAUUAUGCUCUGGGCCUGGUUGAUGUUUUGUUCCUUGGAUCUCAAUCGAAGGAAUAUCAAUCGUGCGAUUACAGACAACAUGAUAUUCUUGGUGUCCUUUCUGGCCGCCGAGCUUCCCAGUGGCCUCAUCAGCAAGAAGGUCGGCCCAGACAGAUGGAUUCCAUUCAUCAUUGUGGCCUGGUCCACCAUCAGUGCAGCGCAAGCUGCGAUGAAGACGAAAGGAGCGUACUUCGCCUGCAGGUGUCUGCUCGGGCUUCUCAUGGGUGGAUUCAUCCCUACUUGCAACAUUGUCGGAUCUCUUCUUGCAGCGGGUAUUCUGCAAAUGCGCGGUCUUCAAGGGUGGAGUGGAUGGCAAUGGCUGUUCUUACUCGAGGGAGUGAUCACAUCUGUGAUUGGUUUCUUCUCCUGGGGUCUCAUGCCUCCUGGUCCUUGUCAGACUAAGAACUGGUUCAGAGGGAAGAACGGCUGGUUCAAUGACCGCGAGGAGCUGAUUUUGGUCAAUCGCCUGCUGCGCGAUGACCCCUCUAAAGGCGACAUGAACAACCGGCAAGCUGUCGGUCCCAUUGCACUUCUCAAGUCAUUCAAAGAUUAUGACCUCUGGCCUCUCUACCUCCUCGGCCUACUCACUUAUAUCCCACCCCAGCCUCACCAGACCUACCUCUCCUACAUCCUUCGCCGAAUGGGCUUUAGCACUUUUCAGGCAAAUCUUCUCGCCAUCCCUUCGCAGUUCAUGUUCGCCGUCAACCUCCUCAUAAUUAGCUGGAUCUCCGACCGCUUCGGCGAACGUGCCAUCGUCUCCUCCACAUCCAACAUCUGGAUCCUUCCCUGCCUGAUCGCCCUCGUGGCGCUCCCUGAAUCCGCUAGUCCCUGGACCCGUUACGCCGUCAGUACCGUCCUCCUCAGUUACCCGUACUGCCACGCUAUCCUCGUCGGAUGGAAUGCCCGCAUCAGCAACACAGUGCGCACGCGAGCCGUCAGCGCUGCGCUGUACAAUAUGUGCGUGCAGGCUGGAAAUGUCAUCGGGACGAACAUCUUCCGUGAAGACGAUAGUCCGUUGUACCGGAGGGGAAACAAGGUGUUGUUGGGGAUUUGUUCGUUCAAUGUUGUAUUGUUUUACCUGGUGAAGUUGUACUACGUUCGACGGAAUAAGCAGCGAGAGAAGAUCUGGCAGGCUAUGUCGUCUGAGGAGCAGAGUGAAUAUGUGUUGACCACGGAGGAUGAGGGGUCCAAACGGUUGGAUUUCAGAUUUGUUCAUUGA